UUGUCUGGUCAAAAUGGCUGCGCCUGGUGUGACACAUAAUGUUCGUAAAUUAUUGCUGAUUUCCAAUUCGACGCUGCAUGGGAGCGGCUAUUUAGAACAUUGUCACGACCAAAUAAAGAAGUUUUUGGCUGACAAAGUGAAAACUGUCCUCUUUGUACCGUAUGCUCUUGACGAUCGGGAUGGAUAUGCUGCUAAAGCAAAGGAGGCUUUCGGAAACAUGGGCUAUAAUGUAGAGAGCAUCCAUUCAAAAGAAAGUGCUGUGGAUGCGGUGAGGAAAGCAGAGGCCAUUUUUAUCGGUGGUGGGAACACAUUCCGUCUCCUCACGACACUCUACUCGGAGAAAAUUAUUCCUGAAAUACAGAAAAGGGUUCUUGAGGAUGGCAUCCCAUACAUCGGUUCGAGUGCAGGCACUAACGUGGCCACAAUCAGUAUCAACACCACCAAUGACAUGCCAAUAGUCCAUCCACCGUCCUUUGAUGCGCUGAAGCUUGUGCCUUUCAACAUCAACCCUCAUUACAUGGACCCAUCACCUAACAACACACACAUGGGCGAGACAAGAGAACAAAGAAUAAAGCAGUACCAUGAAUAUGAAACAAGUUGGCCAGUCUUGGGCCUUCGGGAAGGUAGCAUGUUAUUGGUGGAGGGUGAUAAAGCCACGCUGCUAGGACCACAUUAUGCGAGGCUUUUUGUCAGGAACGAGAAGCCAGUAGAAAAUAAGCCUGGGACUGACUUCAGCCAUUUGCUGGCCCUCUGAACACACAUCUAUUUGGAAUUGACUUGAACUGGUACAGGUGCUUUGGGUGUUGACAUUGGACGACAUGGCGGAGACCAACUGAACGAUCAUGGUGCUCCACUCGACAUCAGUUGGUGCCUCCUUGGUUCAACGUGUCAGGCUGUAUUCAAGAGACAAUUCACAUUUAUAGAAUCCUAAUUUUGUACGACCCGCUUUUUAGCCUACUUUUACAUUUUCACCGCUCAGGAAAAUGUACCUUCUUAUUUCCUGUUUCGCAGAAGAAAACGCAGUGAGCUCAGUCUGCUGAUUUGGUAGGGCUUUAUUCAGAAACUCGUGUUGAAGAAUUCCACAGUAAUGACUCGUGCAGCAAUUUCGGGCUGCUUCAUUCGUGCUCGCUUCGAUACCAACUGAGGCACAGGAAAUAAAGGGACAUCGUACUGAUGAGGCGACACUCCCUUUAACAAGGUGAUACUGUAUGCAAAACUGAUAUCAAUAAAGUGAUAUCAAUCAAGUCA